AUGCACAGCGUCUCUGCACGGACAGAAUCCAUACUGCUCCAGCUGCGUCGCCCUUACAAAGGCAUCAGCGCCAUUCCGAAACAACGUUGCUCACUUCUCACCCCCUCCCCCCACUUCAGGCGACGCCGUGGCUGUUCCACACACGGCACCGCGGUCGCCAUCCCCAUCAUCCCCCGUGGCGGCGAAGGGGACCCCCACUCAGACAGACUGCCUGCACUCUUCAACGUUCGCUCACGAACGGCGUUUCAAAGCCCCCCCAGCGCCACUGCAGCGUGUCUUGGGGCCCCUCCACCCACCGCCCCAGUUGCCUCGGUAAAACUCCGAGUUUGCCAAACGCGAGAGGCUCAACGCCUCCUCUCCUCGCGGGCUCUUCGUCUCUCGCCGCUCAAGCAACGCUACUCGGCGACAGCGCUGUGGUGGGGAGGCAUCAACUUCGACGCUGUCACAGACAACAGGAAGGCGAGAAGCCCCUCCACAUCCCCCACAAGCAUCACCGUGCCGCCAGUGACGGUACGGGCAACACGCCACGUACAGCAAUUGACGCGAUAUGGAGAUGGACAAGGCAGGGGUAUUACAUCGCGGGCAGGCAUAACAGUCGGGACACAACACAGGCUCAGGUCGGCGAUAUGGAACACCUCGUGGCGCACCUUUCCUUCUGCCGUUGUCGCUCCUGUGAGAUAA